AAAUAACGUUACGCAAAGUUUACUCAAGUUUCAGCGCCAGAACGGUUUUUUAAGAAGAUAUUGUUUUACACAACAUGUAAAACCGGAAACUUAAUAGCAAUUUGUUAUUCGACUCGACAACAAUACUAAACAAGAACGUUAUUAGUUUUGAACUAUAUAUAAGAAGAUGACAGAAAAAAAUGAAAACUUAGAAAAUCUCCUUAUUAGGAAAAUUGUUCUUUGUAAUGCUGAAGAAAAAUAUGGUCCUGGUAGCAAAGCUUUGUUUGCAUCCCAAACUAUUGAACAAGGUCAAGUUGUUUUGGAGUGCGAUGAGUUAACUUGUGACUACGCGAUUCGCGAUACGGACAAAGAUAUGCUAAAAACCAAAGAAGAAAUAAUAAAUUGCUGCAACACGAUGCCUGAGUAUGAACCCAUUCUGAUGUAUUACCAAAUUAUGGUUGAUCAAGAUCUUUUUAUGGUUCCGCGUUUAUGGAAAGAAAAAAAAUUAGUUUGUAUUUGUGCUUUUUUCAACCACAGUUGUGAUCCGAAUUGCGGAUAUAAAGGUAAUGCUAUUAUUUCUCUGAAAAACAUCAACGCUGGUGAAGAGGUAACAAUAGAUUACCAAAUGUUUGAAACAGAAUCAGGUUUUGCAUCAGGUUUAAAAUGUUUAUGUGGUUCUAAUAACUGUCGUGGUGUAUUGUCGUUUGACCAAUAUAGAAAUGUUGAAUGGGUUGCAAAGUAUUACGAUUAUAGUAGUUCUUAUGUAAAAAGUCGAAUUGAUGACCUUAGAGAACGAUGGUUUUCUUCACAGUGCUACGUGAAACGCUUUGAACCUUUAGAAAAAGGAUUAGUUGCUUUAAAAGGUAUCGAACCAGAUACUUUAGUCGCCAUUUUUUCAAAAGAUAUUAAACCUGAAAUGCAUUAUAUUCGACCUAGUAUCAAUCCAAAUUGUUAUCUAGUAGGAAAUGAUGUUUAUACUUUAUAUAAAGUUGAACCUGACGAAGAACUGACAUUAAAAUAUUCUUUGUAAAUUUAAUGAUUGUAAUAUAUACAUAUUACAUGCGGUAGUGAUAAA